AGCGAGGCGCGCCGGCAGCAGCAGCAGCUCUUGCAGCCGCGGCCCUCGCCCGUGGGCAGCAGCGGGCCCGAGCCCCCCGGGGGGCAGCCCGACGGCAUGAAGGACCUGGACGCCAUCAAGCUGUUCGUGGGCCAGAUCCCGCGCAACCUGGACGAGAAGGACCUCAAGCCGCUCUUCGAGCAGUUCGGCCGCAUCUACGAGCUCACGGUGCUCAAAGACCCCUACACGGGCAUGCACAAAGGCUGUGCCUUUCUCACCUACUGUGCCAGGGACUCUGCCAUCAAAGCCCAGACGGCCCUGCACGAGCAGAAGACCUUGCCUGGGAUGGCGCGGCCGAUCCAGGUGAAGCCUGCGGACAGCGAAAGCCGCGGAGGUAGGGACCGGAAGCUGUUCGUAGGCAUGCUGAACAAACAGCAGUCGGAGGAGGACGUGCUGCGGCUGUUCCAGCCCUUCGGGGUCAUCGACGAGUGCACGGUGCUCCGGGGGCCUGAUGGCAGCAGCAAAGGCUGUGCCUUUGUGAAGUUCUCCUCUCACACGGAGGCACAGGCGGCCAUCCACGCCCUGCACGGCAGCCAGACCAUGCCGGGCGCCUCCUCCAGCCUGGUGGUCAAAUUUGCGGACACGGACAAGGAGCGGACGCUGCGGCGCAUGCAGCAGAUGGUGGGCCAGCUGGGCAUCCUGACGCCCUCCCUCACCCUGCCCCUCAGCCCCUACAGUGCCUACGCCCAGGCUCUCAUGCAGCAGCAGACGACAGUCCUGUCCACCUCGGGCAGCUACCUGAGCCCGGGCAUGGCCUUCUCACCCUGCCACAUCCAGCAGAUUGGCGCCGUCAGCCUGAACGGGCUGCCCGCCACGCCCAUCGCCCCAGCCUCUGGGCUGCACUCGCCCCCGCUGCUUGGCACCACCGCUGUGCCUGGCCUCGUGGCUCCCAUCACCAACGGCUUUGCAGGUGUCGUGCCCUUUCCUGGUGGGCACCCGGCCCUGGAGACCGUGUAUGCCAACGGCCUCGUGCCCUACCCAGCUCAGAGCCCCACCGUGGCCGAGACACUCCAUCCUGCCUUCUCCGGAGUCCAGCAGUACACAGCCAUGUACCCCACCGCGGCCAUCACGCCCAUCGCGCACAGCGUGCCCCAGCCACCGCCCCUCCUGCAGCAGCAGCAGCGAGAAGGUCCCGAAGGCUGUAACCUGUUUAUCUACCACCUCCCCCAGGAGUUUGGAGACACGGAGCUGACCCAGAUGUUCCUGCCCUUCGGCAAUAUCAUUUCCUCCAAGGUGUUUAUGGAUCGGGCCACCAACCAGAGCAAGUGUUUCGGCUUCGUGAGCUUUGACAACCCAGCCAGCGCGCAGACCGCCAUCCAGGCCAUGAAUGGCUUCCAGAUCGGCAUGAAGAGGCUCAAGGUGCAGCUGAAGCGGCCCAAAGACCCGGGACACCCCUACUGACCGCGCCCACAGCCGCCCCGAGGCUGCAGGCCUGGCCCAGACCUGCGUGAUUUGUACGAUGUACUUUAUUUCUGCUACGAGUAAUUUCAUGAAGUUUCCACUUGCGAACCGAAUUUUAGAGACAAACCCACACACAUACA